AUGUCAACAACAAGCAGUGACCAGGGUUUGGGUAACGUCAGGAGAAAGGCAAAAAAAGAUUCUUCUGUGCGAUCUAACAAAAAGGAGAAACGCUACAGAUGUGAGGAGUGCAACAAGCAGUUCAGUCAACUAUGUAACCUGAAGGCUCACAUGAGGCAGUUCAGUCGGCUGGGCAAUCUAGAGAGUCACAUACGGACUCACACAGGCGAGAAACCCUACAAGUGUGAGGAGUGCGGCAAGGAGUUCAGCCAGCUUUCAGGUCUGAAGAGACACAUACGUACUCACACAGGGGAGAAACCCUACAUGUGUGAGGAGUGCAGCAGGCAGUUCAGUGACCCGGGUCAUCUGAAAAUACACAUUCGGACUCACACAGGGGAGAAACCCUACAGGUGUGAGGGGUGCAGCAGGCAGUUUAAUCGGCUGUGCAAUCUGAAGAUUCACAUGCGGACUCACACUGGGGAGAAGCCGAACACAUGUGAACGCGUGGGGAGUGCAACAGGCAGUCCAGCAAGCCAGGUGAUCUACUUGUCAAGUGACUUGUCAAGGAAUGAGCAGCCCACCAAAUCUGUGACGUCAUGUGCGGAGACGGGCUUCUGUAAACUAAGUUGCACCAGAUCUAGGAGGAUGUCGGCAACAAGCAGUGCCCGGGGUUUUCGUGACGUCAGGAGAAAGGCGAAAAAGGAUCCCCCUGUGCAAUCUAACAAAGGUCCAAAACCCUACAGGUGUGAGAAGUGCAGCCGGCAGUACAGUCAGUUGGGUAAUCUGCACACUCACAUGCGGACGGAGAAACAGUACAGGUGUGAGGACUGCAGCAAGCAGUUCAGUCAGCUGGGUGAUCUGAAGAAACACAAGCGGACUCACACAGGGGAGAAACCCUAUAGGUGUGAGGAGUGCAGCAAGCAGUUCAGUCGGCUGGAAUCUCUAAAGACGCACAAGCGGACUCACACAGGGGAAAAACCCUACAGAUGUGAGGAGUGCAGCAGGCAGUUUAGUGUGCUGGGUGAUUUGAAGAGACACAUGCGUACUCACACAGGGGAGAAGCCUUACAAGUGUGAGGAAUGCAGCAAGCACAAGCAGUUCAGUGAGAUAGGUCAUCUGAAGACUCACAUGCGCACUCACACAGGGGAGAAACCCUACAGGUGUGAGGAGUGCAGCAGGCAGUUCAGUGUGCUGGGUGCUAUAAAGACUCACAUGCGGACUCACACAGGGGAGAAACCCUACAGGUGUGAGGAGUGCAGUAAACAGUUCAGUCGACUGGAUAGUCUAAAGAAACACAUGCAGACUCAUACAGGUGAAAAACCCUACAGUUGUGAGGAGUGCAGCAGGCAGUUCAGUGAGCUGGGUCAUCUGAAGAGUCACAUGCGGACUCACACAGGGGAGAAACAUUACAAUUGUGAGGAGUGCAGCAGGCCGUUUAGUGAGCUGGGUACUCUGAAGAGACACAUGCGGACUCACACAGGGGAGAAACCCUACAAGUGUGAGGAGUGCAGCAGGCAGUUUUCUCGGCUGUAUAGUCUGAAGAAACACAUGGAAAAACACAAAACAGAACUUGCACAAGUGUGAGGAGUUAAGCAAGCAUUUAGGUCACUUUGUCAUCUUAAUGGACACAAACCGGGUCACAUUGUUCUCUUUAAAAGCUUACUCACACGGGUGAAAAAAGGUGUGAGGAGUACUAAUGAAGCCAGCAGGUGGGGAAGUGAAUCAGAUCCGACAGUUUAGAUAGCGGUUGAACCUGAAAAGUUACACGCACUGACACGUCAGGAA